CAAUGACACGUCAGCAGCAACUGGAUGAGCAAAAGCCAUGUCUGUUUCUCUCCCUCGGACUUUCACUCACUCCCACAUCCUCUUCUUCUUCUUCUUCCUCUAUCCUCACUUCUCUCUCUCUCUCUGAAAUUCUAAUGGACUUGACUCUCUCUUCGAAUCCCCAAACCCUAACCCUAAUCUCAAUUACUUCUUUCUCCUCCUCCUCUUCCUCCAAGCUCCGUUCCAUCCGCAGAGAAUUCCUCGGUUCCACACAAACUCUCAGGCCACUUCGCUCCCGAACUAACCACCGAAGAACAAAGCUAGGCCUUCUUCAAUUCCAGUCCCCGAAAUUUCUCGUACGAGCUUCUCUCGAUUCUCGCUCCGUCCUCGUCGUGGUUGCCGUAGUCACUUUCUCCGCCGUCUCCGUCUUCUUCCUCAAUCGCUAUAGAAGAAAGAACAACGAUAGCGAGGGGUCAAGACAUCCAAAUUUUGAGUCAUCCGAACUAGGACAAGAUGUUAUGAAUUGGGUCUUUGAAGGUCAGAUUGUAGGCUUAAUUUGGAGAGCUACAUGAGAGAACUGCCAUGCUUUUGAGGAUGAAGAGGCCCACGAGUUGAUUUUCCAAACCACUACUUUGAUUCAUAAAGAGGCUCUUGUCACUAAAACAAUAUUACAGCAAACCUGUUUCUGAUUUUCUCACAUCUAGUGCUAAUAUUUCUUUGCAUCGAGA